CAGUGUGAGGCGAGCAUCAUCCAGCUCUCUUUAACUUCAUAUCCAGAACACACGAGCUGCUGUCAACAUGACCAUCAACACACUCAGUCAGGAUGGAGUGCAGCGACAGCAAAUGCCCUGUUUGACUAAGAUGGAGCGCAUGAUCAUAUCCAUGCAGGACCCUGAUAUGGGCAUCAAGUUGCGCAACCAGCGUCUCCUUAUUACGGUCAUACCACAUGCAAUGACUGGUGUAGGCAUUGUUGAAUGGCUGAUUAAGAAGUUUUCUAUCUCUGAUGAAGAGGCAUUGCACGUUGGACAACUCUUUGUAAAGUAUGGAUACAUUUACCCUUUAAAAGAGCCAAGAAACCUUAUUCUGAAAGCUGACGAUUCACCAUAUCGCUUUCAGACGCCGUAUUACUGGAUGUCGACACGCUGGCCUACUUCAGAACUGGACUAUGCAAUCUACUUGGCCAAGAAGAAUAUCCGAAAACAAGGAGAACUAAUUGAGUAUGAAAAGGAGUGCUAUAAUGCUUUACAUAAACGUAUCAACCACACCUGGGACUUUGUUGUGAUGCAGGCAAGAGAGCAGCUCAGGGCAUCAAAACAGCGUCGAAAAGCAGAUCGUAUCGUGCUGGAGUGUCAGGAACAAGCUUACUGGCUAGUGAACAAACCUCCUCCCGGUACACUGGACAGUAUAGAUCAUGGACCGGAAAGAAGAACCAUGAACACACGAGUGCAGCUGAUUGAACAUAACAGGAUAAGCCUGGUGAGGAAUCGUGUAAAGUCCUCCAUUUGCCUUGAGAGUUACGUUAAGUACUGUGAGCAGUACCAGCCCCAUGACCCCAUAAUGCAAGGAUGUCUUCCCAGCAACCCCUGGAUCACAGAUGAUAUCAUGUUUUGGAACAUGAACUCUGAAUCAGUUGCUUUGCCGACUAAACUGCGUGUGGAGCACUGGAGCUUUAGCUUCAUGGAGCUGCUCAACGACCCAAUGGGAAGAAAAGAGUUUCUCACGUAUUUGGAGAAAGAAUUCAGCGCGGAGAACUUGUGUUUCUGGCAGGCCUGUGAAGACGUUCGUCACGGCGAGACUGCAAAAAUUCCAGGGAAAGUGGAUGAGGUUUACAAACAGUUCCUGGCUCCUGGUGCAAGUCGCUGGGUGAAUAUUGACAGCAAGACCAUGGAAAAGACACUGGAAGGACUCAAGCGCCCUCAUCGUUUUGUCUUUGAUGAUGCUCAAAUGCACAUUUACUUCCUCAUGAAAAAGGAUUCGUACCCUCGUUAUCUCAAAUCUGAACUCUACAAGAACUUAUUAGCCAGAGCCAUAGUACCACAGGAGACCAAGAAAAGUGUUUUCCCGUUCAUGCGUCGUCAGCGUCACUCCAGCCCCUCGCCUGCCCUCGCCACCCAAACCGCAGAGGAUGAUGGGAAGGCAAAGAACUCAAACUCUAAUUCCGGAACAGCAUCCCGGCUUUAAACAUGCACACAAUAUUUACUGCUUGUUUUUAUUUUGUGCUAUUAUGUUACCUAACACAGCUGUAAGUGGCAUCUCCACUGCUUCCUGUUGUGCUCUACAAAACAGAUGUUAUAACUAAAGGUCAUUAUAUUGCCUAAUAAGGGUGCUUGAUUCCUCUGUUCACAUUUCUCUAUAUGAUAUGUAGAAAUACAGCUUUUCAUGCAUUUCAAAGAUACUGUUUAUGAUGUAGCAAUAAUGCCGUAAGACAUCAGAUAUAUAUAUUACCAACUUUCAACUGUUCAACGAAUGUGUUUUCUUCAGUGUUUUAAGUGUAACUUGCCUUUGUCACACAUUUGU